AUGGCCCACCAAUUCUCUCUUCCUCCCCUUCCCUACGCCUACGAUGCCCUCGAACCCGCCAUCUCCUCCCAAAUCAUGCAAAUCCACCACCAAAAGCACCACCAAACCUACAUCACAAACCUAAACGGGGCGCUCGCCGCGCUCGAGAAAGCCCAGUCCGCCAGCGACGUCCCCCAGCUCAUCUCUCUGCAGCAGAAGAUCAAGUUCAACGGCGGUGGACACAUCAACCACUCGCUGUUCUGGCAGAACCUGGCGCCCUACGGGUCCGCGGAGACCGAGAUCGAGAAGGCCGCGCCUUCGUUGAAGGCGGCGAUUGAAGCGCAGUGGGGAUCCUUGGGGGCGUUCCGGGAAGCGUUUGCGGGUCUCUUGUUGACGCUGCAGGGCAGUGGAUGGGGAUGGUUGGUCAAGGUGAAGAGUGCAGGCGAGGAGAGGUUGGAGAUUGUCUCGACGAAGGAUCAGGAUCCUGUGAGUGAGGGGACGCCGGUGUUUGGGGUGGAUAUGUGGGAGCAUGCGUAUUACCUUCAGUAUCUCAAUAAUAAGGCCUCGUAUGUCGAGGGUAUCUGGAAGGUCAUUAACUGGAAGACGGCGGAGGAUCGGUUCAAGAACGGAGUCCGCGGAGAUUUGCUGUUGAAGUUGUAG